GACGGUGGACGUCAAGUUUACCGAUUUACCGAACGCCCUGAUAGCCUGCAAAGUACCGGAGGAUUUGUUCAGUGAAGGCAGCAUCCUGAAGGUAAGGACGGAGCGCUGUGUGUCAUUUACAGAUGUUGGUAUUUAAUACAGCUGCGGGCCUUAUUGUGUAGUGUUGCACGCGGACCUUUAGAGAGUCCCAUUUGGAUUGUAAAACAUGUAAAGUAAUGUCCUGUGGAACAUUGCUUUAAGCAAAUGUGCAGGAAACGCUUAAACUUGAGACCAGCUUGAAUGGAGUUUGGUGCUACACACUCUAUCUGUAGUAACAGUGAUGCGCCACUAGAUGGAGUUAUGAGUUAUUUGAAUACUGCUAUGGUUAUGACUAAGUUGACAAAAAAGCAUUCUCACUUCCUGCUUCCUUAGUCAUUGUGAGUGACUUGAUGGCUGAACUUGCCUCAGUUUAAUGUAAUGCACACACAUCAGCCACAGAGAUGCAUCAUUGGGAAGUUUCUAAUAAUACUAUAAAAAUAAUAAUACUCUGUUGGCGUUUGCUACCGGUCUUUCUUUGGUUCGGGGACAACGGGAUGUCCUGAAGCUCGAGCCUUGCUGAUGAAGUUUAACAUUUAAGAUGGAAGAAAAGCUCUGGUAGAAAACCAUAUUCUUCUAUUCAUGGACAUUACAAUGUGGGCAUGCCCAGUAGUCUCAUCACAGGACGUCAUGCUACCACUUCUCUGCAGCUUGUACCAGCCACAUGCACACACAGGCCAGUGUUUGGGAGAUGCUAUGAGGUUUGCUGACGCCGAUGGAAAAUGAAAAACAACAGAGUAAAGGGCGUCUGGUGAAAAAGUGUCCGGUGUUGUGUUUUCUUCCCCUUCUCCCCUUUCCUCCAUCUUCCUGCUGCUUUCCUGCUGAGCAUCUUCAAGGAUCAGCAGGUCAGCUGAUGUAUCGUAUGACCGAAUAUUCCACUGAGGGUGUGUGAAUGUUUCAUGAAUUCUCGAGAACAGUUCAUAAAUAGUCCCAGCGAGCGCUGUUGGAAUGUACCGUUGUGUUAGCAGCGCACUGUCAGAGCGGAGUGCUGCUCUGUCUAUUUAUAGAAGUAAAAAUGUCGGCACACGGUAGAGAUGGUCCUGCUGGUCUCUGGAUGUUAUUCUCCUCUAUUAUUGUUGUUGUUCAGCACUUGUAGUGUACAUACAGGAUGAGAUGGUUGGACUUUGAGGCAUUUGUCCUGCCCCUCCAUUGUGAUUGGCAGCUGGGUAAAAAUGUUUUUCAACUCUAAAGCUCUCUCACAGUGAUACUCGUUACCACUGACUCCGAGUGAGAGAUCUACUGUUGGUGUUGUGAGGUGUUCAGGGACACGUGUGUCACGGUGCUCCAGGCCUCUGUGAAAGACACAAGGAAACGUUCUGUCAGUGGAGUCUAAACCGAACACAGAGCUGGGGGGGGGUCAUGAUGUGUCAUUGGAAUUUGACUUGAGGGAAACUGGAAUCCACCUAAAAGUACAAAGAGUGUUGUAGUCUGUUUCCAUGUCUUCAACUACUGGGAGACAGACGCUGCUGAAGGGACUGCAUUUCCAUGUUUAUUGUUAAGCUUUAUUGUUUAUUAAGGAUUUAAUUUCAGUCUUUAUUGCUGAUACGUAGUUGUUUUCUUUCAUAACUGUAUUUUAGGGCUCACUGCAAAAAGUGUCAACUGUAAUCAAGUGUGUAAAAAGUGUUUCUUCUACAGAAGAUCAUGAAGGAAGUCUAUUUUAGUUUAUGAGUAUUUCUUCAUACUGUGGGUCUAGUGAAGCAGCUGUCUUCUCAGAGCAGAGGUCAAAGUUCAGAGACUGGACCCAGAGAGGGGUCUCUCACAGACUUCAUUAUGAUGCGUUCAAGCUCUACUCAGUGCAGAGGAGUAUUGGUACAUUUAAACGCUGUUAUGGUGUGUUCAAAUGUCAUUUUGUACCUAUAACUUUCACCAAUAAAAAUGUAGCAGCUGGCUAUUAGCACAGUGUGUGUGUGUUGGCCAACCAAGAGCGGUGCAUGUGUGCUCUGUGUGCUCUGUGUGCACACCUGUCUGUCUGCGCGUCGCCUGUCUCCCUGUCUACUGAGGGAAUGGAAAAAAAAAAUGGGAAGAUGAAACAAAAACACUGCGAUGGAAAAAAUGCAGGGCUGUGCACACGCUCACAUAUAGCAGCCACAGCGGGGCGAGGUCUGGAGAUGAUUAGCACCUUCUCACACACACACACACACACACACACACGGUAAUGUUUAACACCAACAAACAACACUUACAUGAGAGCAUCGGCUUCACUGUCAGGAGGCUCGGCAGCAUUACAACGCUUUAUUUUCCGACACACAGACACACACACACACACACACACACACACACGACAGUGCUAUUAAUCAUUUCACCAUGCAUUUACACCUGCACUCAGUGAGCCUCAGACUUCAGUGUGCUCCAGGCAUGGUGGAUUUGAAUAUUGUCUCGUCAAAUGCGUCUGUGUUGCUAUUGAUUGCAUAAUUAAUGUUCCAAAAGCAAGAAUGAACACGUCAAAAAGUCCAACAGAGUGCUUCUUCCUGUGUUGUUCUAAUAACAGCUGGGUGUCGUCCCGUGUUCUCUGUCUCAGCGGCGUCGUGCUCUUCUUCCCAACCCACAAGUGUUUAAGUACUCACACAAAGUGCAAAUGUUGGUGGAUCGGCCGCACAGCCUGCUCUUGUUUUUCCAACUGCUGGCUGCACACACACACUCGCGCACACUUCCUCUCCACUUCAAGCUCUCUGCUAUUAAUACCUCAUAAAAGCAUGUUAUCAAACCGCAUACUUUCCAUGAGCACCACCUCUUGCUUUUUAGCCCUCCAUCCUGCAUUCUUUCUACCAGUCAUGUCUCCUUCCACUCUCUUUUUUCUCCUAUCUCCCCUCUUUGUCUGUCAGCUGUCCUCUCUCUCUCUCUCUCUCUCUCUCCCUUUGUCUCCCCCUCUCAGCUUCAUCCAUACUAAGUAGGGCUGACAUGUGUUCUGCAGUCAGCUGAUGCGUCUUUGGCAUGUGUGUGAAAUCAAGAGUUCAGAGGCUCUUAGUCACAUGUUUUCCAUUCAACAAAGAGUUUUUGUGAAUGCAACAGAAAGCAGAUUAAUGCGUCAGUUUGCUCAAGGGUGAUGUCAUUAUUUUCCAGUAUCUCUCUCUACACACACACACACACAGCCCUCCUCUGUGUGAUUAGUCAGCAUUGGCUAGUAUCUGUCAGUAGAGGGAAAAGUAGAAAGGGGCUGCCCCUCCCUCCUCCGCGGAUGAUUGGCUCGCGCUGAAUGAACGAAUAGAUGAGACCGGGUUGAGGAGAGGGAGGGGAUUGUGGGUAAUGCGUCAUCGGCUGGCUCGAGCUCAUUUAAGCGGCGGUGGAGCAGCAGCAAGAGGAGAGAGUGAGCUUAGAAGAGGCCCAGUGACAUUUUCUGCUGCACACCUAAAUCUCUUUAACAUUCCUUCAGUGAGCCGGCAGACCCAGACCUUGGACUGUGACUUUAGAGUAGGGUAUCGCUAACAUCGUGGAUGGUUCAGUGUGAAGACGGAAGAAGAGAAACGACGGCUUCACCACCACAGAAGAAGAUCCAGGUGGACGAGGCCAGUGCUGGAGGAAACGGAGCAGCUUCCUGUUAAGGAGCAUCUAUCACUUCCUCAUCUGUCACCCUGGGGAAGGCAACGCUCCACCGAUCUCCCCCUUCCUCUUCCUUUUCAUCGUCAUUGUCGGCCCCAUUGAAGGCCGUCUCAGGUAUCGGGUGGACAAGGUUUCGGCUCCCCGGAUCUCCCAUCAUGCACAUCAAGACCACCAAGUGUAACCGCUUCUGCCUGGUCACCUCGGUGACCAACCAGGAAGUGUUCCACCGUCCCGAGGCACAGACCACCUUUGAGGCCCUGUUCCGCUCCUUCGACCCGGAGGUGCAGUUCCAGUACUUUAAGUCUUUCCGGCGGGUGAGGAUCAGCUUCAGCGACGCUCUGGCUGCGGCCGAGGCCAGACUCCGGCUCCACAAGACGGACUUCAGCGGCAAAGAGAUGAGGCUCUACUUCGCCCAGUCCGUCCACAUCGGGAAUCCUCGUCUGGAGCCCCCCAAGCCAGACAAGCAGUUCCUGAUCUCGCCCCCCGCCUCCCCUCCGGUGGGCUGGUCCCAGUCUCUGGACGCCACGCCGGUCGUCAACUACGACCUGCUGUGUGCCAUCUCCAAGCUCGGACCAGGGGGCAAGUACGAGCUGCACACCGCCACCCCCACCACCCCAAGCGUCGUGGUCCACGUCUGCGACGACGAGUGCGCCGGCGACAGCUCUGCCCCCGACGACAGCGACCAAGACGACAAGCCCCGCCCCCUGCGGCCGAAGAUCAUCCAGACGCGCCGGCCCGACUACACGCCCGGAGAGGAGCAGUGAGCGGCUGUAACAUUUUGAUCCCGACGCGAUCGGUCGAGAGCUCAACUCGCUCUCGGAGCUCUGAAGGUUUGGGGGACGUUGGAGAGACACCCGAGGGUGCUGCCGUGUCCCGUAGAAACCAGCGCUGCGUUCAUGUCCUGUGGGAAAGACGGGAGACAUGACCUUCCUAUUGGAAAACCACUAUGAUGAAUGAGAUGUCUGCCUGACGGAACUGAAGCGAAUGUUAGUGUUGAAAUGUAGGAACUAGUGUUUUGUCGUGUUUUGAUCGUAGUGCUCCAGUACGAUGACGAGACUUUGCUGGAUUCUUUUUGGUUUGUGGUGAUAUUUUGCACAAAAAAAACAACUCCUGAAAGUGUGUGUGUGUGUGUGAGUGUGUGAGUGUGUGAGUGUGUGAGUGUGAGUGUGUGAGUGAGUGAGUGAGAGAGAGAGAGAGAGAGAGCUGGUCAGGAGCAAAUAAAGUCUGUCUCACUUCAUCAUCAUGAUCUGGAUGUGUGUUAUUCAGUCUGUGCUUUGCUUGUUGAGCUGACAGCUGUUGCUAUUUGACAUUUAACACAGCUUCAUCACACGGCCUUUUCUUUUUGAAUGCGAAACACACAACGCCAGCCUUCGUUAAUGUGAGGGCGUCGGCCACACCCACCUUGAUGUGUUGUCUGUAAAAAAGAACCAGAGCUAACCUUCUAAAGUUCAUGCUCGGCCUAAAAAGUAUUGUGAAAGGAUUGUCGGAGAAGUGAAGCUGUCAUUCAGCCUCUUCUGGUGCUGCUGCUGUGUCCAUCAGCUCGUGUGUGUGUGUGUGUGUGUGUGUGUGUGUGUGUGUAAUAUUGCUGGUUAUGGUUUGUGACAUUAUUCUAUAGUGGUACCGGCUUGUGUUUCAGUUGUGCAGCUUCUCUCCUGGAGGAUCUUCCCUGUGAGGAGCUCCACUCACUGCGUCUCUACUGCUGCUGCUCCAGCUCAUUAACAUAACACAUUUACUAUUGAAUAAAGAUCCACGUUCACACGUC